AUGAAGAUGUCGAAGGGUGCUGCUCCGCAGAAGAGCGAGAACGAGCCAGGCCAAGAGAGCGCGGUGGCGGAGCCUGAGAACUUCACGACGGUUGUCGGGGCGGGAGGGCUCUUUCACAAACAGCAGUCAGGCGUCAGUGCAGUCAGCUACCUUUCUGCCAUCUCCGAGACAUUUGCGGAGAUUCGGGAAGCAGGACCUCUCCUGCUUACGUCGCUGUGCCUGGUGAGUGCCUUGGAGGGAGCAGACAUGGCGCUGCUUCCCGCUGUGUUCUAUGCCCUUCAGACGGACUUGGGUCUGCACCUGAACGAUCUCGCCACGAUGACCCUCAUCCAGGGGGUGACAUCUUCCGCGGUGGCUCCAUUCUGGGGAAUCAUUGCCGAUCGCGGCAUCAUGAAGAGGAAGACCAUCAUCAUCAUGGGCUGCAUCCUCCAGGGGCUGGUCACCAUGAUGCUCUCCGUCGUGGAUCAGAUGGUGGGAAUGACGCUGCUGCGAGCACUCAACGGAGCUCUCUUAGCAUCUCUCCGACCAGUCGCCAACGGAGUAAUUGCCGACGUGACCUCGGAGCAGAGACGUGGGAAAGUCUAUGGCUUUGUGCAGCUGUGCGCGAAUGUGGGCCUCAUGGCCGGCGGCCUCAUUGGCACGCCUCUCUCCACGCAGCUGGUCUGGGGCUGGCAGGGAUGGCGCAUUUCCUUCAUUGGCAUCGGGUCGCUGUCCGUUUUGGUUGGCCUCUUCGCUGCAUGCACGAUGACGGAGCCAGAACGCGAGAACUCCGGAAAGUCGGCGAAGGAGCGCGGUGCGUUGAGGCAGGAGCUCGGGAAGCUUCUGAGCUAUUUCCGCAUGCCAACCUUCUGUGCUUUGAUCUUCCAAGGAUGGUUUGGAAGUAUUCCAUGGAAUGCCAUGGGAUACUCCACUCUCUUCUACCAGGUCGGAGGAAUUGGUGAUGCGAAAGCCGCCAUCCUUGCAGCGGUGGGACAAGCCUCGGGUGCCAUUGGAGGACUGCUGGGAGGUCUCAUUGGUGAUCGCCUCUCCAAGUGCUGCCCGAUGCACGGCCGCCCCUUCACGGCACAGGUCUCCGUGCUUUGUGGCAUUCCGGUGGCCUACUGCAUCUUCAUGAUCGAGCCACCAGAAGGCGAGGCGGCCUUUUAUUACUACAUGGGGCUGACGACCUUCAUGGGCCUGACGGCAACCUGGUGUGGUGUCGGGGUGAAUCUUCCCAUUCUGACCGAGAUUGUGCGUCCUGAAGGGAGGUCCACGAUCCUGGCCUGGGAAGCUGCCCUGGAAAGCACCUUCGCUGCUAUCCUUGGCAAUGCCAUGGUGGGCUUCUUGGCACAGAAUGUGUUUGGAUACAAGAUCGAUGAGGCCCACAAGGAUGCGGUCUCGGAUCCUGAGAGCCGUCGCGCCCUGGGGAAGGCCUUGACUCUUACCUGCUUCACGCCGUGGCUCAUUUGCUGGCUGGCAUACACCUUGCUCCACUGGAGCUACCCCAAGGACCUGAAGCGAGUCAGGGACGAGAAGAUGAAAGACAGGAAGGAAGCGCGUAUGAAGAAGCAACAGGAGCGGGAAGAGGCGAAGCGGGCCGCCCGAGAGGCAGGCAACGCACAGGCCCACGCGGAGGCGUCACAAAAAGACGUGGAUAUGAACGUGGACGAAGCCGGGGCGACAGCCGGCACCAUCAUUUCUGUGUGA